GCGUGUGCACGCACAUCGACGAAUCCCGCUUUCGUUAGAUCGACACGGUUGAGGAAGUCUGGAGUCUCCUUGUCGUCGCAGUCGCCAAGUUCAAACAACCAGAGGGGUGCGAUUCCUGACGUUGGACAAUGAUACAGGAAGGGACACCGGGCCAUAGCUUGCCGCACCGGUGCAACAUGUGCUGGAAUGAGGGGAACGGCUCAUGCUAUGUGACUCGGUGUGGCCAUCUGUUCUGCGAGUCCUGCGCCUUCCGACACUUCGGCCAGAGCCAGGCUUGCCCAACCUGUGGUCACGGCCUCGACGAGUCAGAAAUUCAGGACCUGACGUUGGGCCUCGAGCCGAGCUCGGUCCGUAGGAUUGUGUUCGAGAGGACGACCGCAGUGUUUUCGCCGGACACGGCCUUCUUCGUUUGCGAUCCUUUUCCGCCAUCCUUUUCCUACCCACCGAACCUUACUGCCUACAGGAGCGAAUAUUCCAACAUCUUCUCGGAAGACCUCGUGAUCAACGCGCUAUCAUUCCAAAUCAGCACCGUUUCACUGCCGUGCUUCCUUCCGGCGACACACUCGAAUCCACCUCAUCACCAGGAGGCCUUGAAGGAGCCCAACUACCACAGCUCUUCGCAGGCGGCCCUCCGGACGGCCGAGCUCGCCAACGAGACUCUGGGUUUCCUGUUCUCCCAAAUGCUCCUCGAGAGCCAGAGGGGCGCCGAGGCCACCUCCCUGCUCAAGGGUGAAGUGGCCAAGCUGAAGCACGAGCAAGGACGCGUGACCAUGCAGAUGAGAAACCAGAACGCCGCGGCCGACCAGAAGCAGCGGGAGAUGGAGCACAAGCUCCGCGUGAGGACGAAGGAGCUCGUGGAUCUACAGGAGGCGUACAAGGAGAAGAACAGAAAGUGCCAGGCUUGGGAGAAGGCCUACGCAAACCUUCGCUCUCAGGGGCGGCGGUUUCACGCCUCCAGAAUCUCCGCGAGCGGGCGCCAUGCGCGGCCCUUCCGGCUCGUUCAACGGCGGACGGGGAGGGGUAUAGCAGGCUACGCAGCGGGCGGCGGUCGCAGUUCCAGGCCGUCCUGGACGAUGCCCCGUCCGAACACGUCCCGCGGCGGCGGCGGAAACGGCGCCGCCGGUGACCGCGUUAGCCCGAUGCUGCGGCCGCGCGACGGGCAGGGCCAUUCCUCUCACUCCGUCACCCCAUCACCGACCUUUUCCGCCCAGCAGGGCAUGAGUGGCGGCCGGUUCGCCCCCAAGAGGCCGGAGACCCCAUUGGAGGUCCGGGGCUACUACUCCUCCCGCAACGCCUCCCCCGGCAACCGGUCGAGCGGAGCGGGCGGCGGGGUUGGCGCAAGAAGCAGCAGCUUCUUUCCGUCCUCCAAAGCCGGGUUGUUCUAGGCGGAAAGGCGGCGGAAAAACCUGAGGAAAGGCGGCGGAAUAUGUGGGCUCGAGCAACGAUGGGGGCUGAAGGGAAACUUGAAGGCUGUGUGGUUCCCCUGGAAUAUUCAAGAACCGCGCCUCGUCGAGAGGUCUUGGAGUUGCUCUCGGCCAAUGCGAGGUUCUGCGCGGAUGCUCGUCGUUGCCCGAGUCGACGGCAGUGGAAACUUGAGCUGAUGCGCCAGGGGAGGGACUCGUUUGCUCACUCUUUCUGUCUCUCUGGUGUGUCAUGCUUUGCGUGCCUUCGCGCUUGCUUCGUUCGAUUGCCGAGGGGGGGGUGGCGGGGCAUGGAAAUGCGACGAGGUCUCCACCCCCCGAGAAAACAACGGUGUCCGUCGUAUUACGUCAGUGGUGGCGUGAGCGACAAAGAGGGAACCCCACACGCACAGUAGUCAUCGCAGGGACACAACGGUGACACGGGUUGGACAAAAACGAACAUGGUAGGUGUAUCUGUCGCACGGACGUCACCGUCACGUUGGCCCGGUUGGUUGGACUUGACUUGGAGGAUGCCCCGAAUUCGAGUGACGAAAGCUCUGAAGGAAGGUUGCAGAAGCUGUCGUGGCGAAGUAGGAGAUGAACGUACUUGGCCAAACCCGGGCGGCCUUUCGUUUGUUAGAUGAUCCUGUGGCGGCACAACGGUGCCGAAAACCCGAAAAUCGUCGACCAGUCGUUGUGGCGCGAUGGCUAGGCUUGUUUUGCCCCCUAGGCUUAGUUUUAUCGGAUUCGCAAUAGCUCUGCCGGGAGGAGUCUGCGGUCGAGAUGGAACGGAGACGAGACACCGCGGAAGCCUUGAAGGCGAGGAGUAGUGUUGGCAGGGGGCGUCACCCCUACCCAGGGCAACCGUGCUGCAUGGGGGCAUGUGUGGAGGAGGGAAUCAUCUUGUCCGCGCGAAAAUUUUGGCGGUAGCGAUGAUGAGAGGGCUGAAAAUAUGCGUUGUCAUUAACGCCCAACCAUUGAUACAUAUGCCCAAAUCCUACCUCUGCUUGCUUGUUUUUGGGGGCAAGGCCAGUCAGCCCUAGAGGGAGGUGCUGGUGGCGUGAUUGGGGGGCAUCUGGAGUUGCAUGUUGUUUCUUGACGGCAUCCCGCCUGGGUGGAUAUGUCGACCCCGAUAGCUGGAGAAUCCUGGGGUGGAUAUGUUGACCCCGAUAGGUGGAGAACCCCGGUUUCUCAGUCAGCAUUCGUCGGCUGGGUAGUUGAGAAAGGAGCCCGGGUUGUUUCCGUUGUGCUGGCUGUCGGAAGUGGUGACUCACGCCCGUCCACGGCUGUGACAGCAGCAAGAGAGUGAGUCUGCCGCCUUGCGUUAUUCUAGAGCUUGUGAUGGGUGUAUGCGUUUGUUCGUUGUGCUUGCCGAAGAGUCCCGUGGGGUGAAACAUCUACCUCGUAGACGAAGGCUCUUCAGCGGGCGAGGAGUGGGUGCAUACGGUGGUUUGUCGCUGAUACCGGGGGAUUCGCGUGGUCGGAAUGUACCUUAGCAUAGAAGGGGGGCACGGAGAAUACAAAACGCCGUGUGUACACCAGGAAAACACCUCAAAAACGGGUGGGGAUCGAAGUUCAGCGUAGGGUUCGGGGGCGUCCUUUGUAAAGACUGCUGCGACGAAGAAACGUGGCCGGCGAGGUAGAAGGCCUCGAUGGGUUUUCCAAGGCACAACAACAUCGGCAGUUGUUGCGCUGCUUGGUUGGCCAGUAUGAGAACCACGUUUCGGGUCAGAGCCGAGAAGCGAUUGGGCGGACUGGAUGCGCAGAGACUGUGACGGGGCUGACAGGCGAGGAGACUGGUGCAAGCUCCGUGCGCGUCGGGCGAGCUUGGUUUGGGUACGCGGACAGAUGCCUGAGUAGUUUGUGCCCACAUGGAUGGAUGCUUUGCGUCUCAACUGUCACAGCUUGCCAAUGGGCUUGAACCUGCUAUGGAGGGGUACACGAAACAGAAACUGAUUGUAGACUCGUGAAUACAUACCUGGCCAUGUAUUCUCUGCCUUGAUCUCGUUGUGGGUAUGAU